GGACUAAGAGUAAAUAGGUUUUCAUCCCCAGGGAGUCAUUAUAUGACUUUUUACACCUUACUAACUAUUCACAGUACCUUGAAACCAGAAACCUUGAUCAAGAAAAAGAAGACCGACGAAAAGAUCUUGAAGCAAAGAGCUGCUGACAGAGUCGUCAGAAAAGCCGCUAACAAGGAAAAGAGAAAGGCCAUCUACGAAAGAAACGCUGCCUACACCAAGGAAUACGCUGAAGCCGAAAGAGCCAUCAUCUCUGCCAAGAGAGAUGCUAAGGCUGCUGGUUCUUACUACGUUGAUGCUCAACCAAAGUUGGCUUUCGUCAUCAGAAUCAAGGGUAUCAUGAAGAUUCCACCAAAGCCAAGAAAGGUUUUGCAAUUGUUAAGAUUGACCCAAAUUAACUCUGGUGUGUUUGUCAAGUUGACCAAGGCCACCACUGAGUUGUUGAAGUUGGCUGACCCAUACAUUGCUUACGGUUACCCAAGUUUGGCUACCAUCAAGCAAUUGACUUACAAGAGAGGAUUCGGUAAGGUCAACAAGCAAAGAGUUCCUUUGUCUGACAAUGCCAUUAUCGAAGCUAACUUGGGUAAGUAUGGUAUUUUGUCUAUUGAAGACUUGAUCCACGAAAUUUACACUGUUGGACCAAACUUCAAGCAAGCCAACAACUUUUUGUGGCCAUUCAAGUUGUCUAACCCAACCGGUGGUUUCAGAUCCAGAAAGUUCUUCCACUUUAUCCAAGGUGGUGACUUCGGUAACAGAGAAGAGUACAUCAACGCUUUGGUUAAGCAAAUGAACUAAGUUGUAUAGGUUUGUACAUUUACUACACGUUAAUCACUAAGUUGUGAAGUAAUACUUCUAUCUUGUCUCAAACCAGUCUCCCAUUUGGUAUGCCAAAUACUCGAGCCACUGAAAUUCUUUCCACCAAACCAUUGAAACUGGGUACUCAUCCCCCCAGUGGUUGAUUCCAUAUGUGUCGUAGAUAUACUCAGCUCCUGAAUUGUGGUUGUUAAAGACAUUCAAGGUAAUGAAAUAAAAAAUCCGUAGAAUCGUCAUGAUUAUAAUACAGGUGAUGAUUAAGGUAACAACAUUCACAAACACAAUCCCCACGUUCUUGUGUUGUUCUUUAUACCUAUAAUACAUUCUAUACUGUUUUAGUAGCGGGAUCUUGAAGAGAAACUGUUGUAAUUCCUCACUAUGGUUGUCAGACUGCAACCUCAACUUACUUUGAAGUGAGUCGAUUAACUGGUUCUGCUGCUCCAAAUUGGCCGUCAAGUUUUUGAUGACAGAGUUCUCUUUCAACUUCUCAAACUCUUUCUGAUACUGUUCACACAUGCUUUCUAGUACUUUUAUAGUUUUGUCUCGUUGGUUGCACUGGUUGAUAAGGUCUCGUGUCACCAGGUCUUGGGACUUAUUACCUUUGGUGGAGGUUACAAUGGACGUACUCCUUGCCUCUUUUUCGAGGGUCUCGAUAUAGUCUUUCAAGCUCUGGUUUUGUUUCUCGAGACUUCGUAUCCUGAACUGAUGUUCUUUGUUCAGGCUCUGCAAAUCACUAUUUUCACGAGAAAUCAAUGAUAUGUGGUCCUCCCUUUGGUUGACUUGAUUCUCCUGCAUAUUCAUUGAUUUGAAGGACCCAAGGCCUCUUUUCAUGAAUGGUCUCGACAUGUGGUUAACAGUUUGAUUGGGGGAUAAUGGGUAUGAUUUGGAAGGAUUGGUGAUCAAUGAAACCAAGUUUGCUCGAGAUAUACCAGUUCGCUCUGUUAGAAACCUCAAAAGACUUGUAUGUUUUACAAGCUUCAACACGAAGUUUUUGAGUUCCAGCUUGUAUAACUUUAAGGUGGGUUUAUCUUGAAUCAUCUCGUUCAAAAGUUUUGUUUCAUCAUGUUUAAGAAAGUUCUGUCCGUUCAAUUGGAGCUCCAAUUCCGAUAUGAGCUCUCGUAGUUGUAGGACAUAAAUGUAAUCUUUCCCUUUGCUGACGGUGUCCCAGCACUUGUGCACAAAGUUAUCCACCACUUCUUCGGAGUCCAUUUUGUUUUGAGAUGUGGUAGCUGAUAGAUAUUUGUGUACGCGAAACAGCGCGCACCUCGACGAAGACGUGUUGGCUGCAAAAUAGAACGGUACGAGGCUAUUAUACAUAACCAUCUAUAUUGUCGUUAUAUGGUUUCCCAGUGUUACUGAUGGGUAUAUUUAACUAAUGGUUGUUUUUUGAGCAAUUUACGUUUGAUUUUGAUGGAGUUGU